CGCCCGGCUCCUUGCUCUUCGUCCGCGUUCGGAUCCAGCCCGCUCGACCGUGUCUAUGUCUCCAUUCAGCGAUUGCAUACCGCUUCUGCUCUCUCGUCGGAUGGUGGCUCCGCCCGAGCUGCCAAGCCUGGAUCCUGGCAACGGCCCUGACGCCGAGACGAGCUGACGUUUCAUCCCUACAUGACCUGGCGUCCCUUGUGUUCGUCCUGUCCGCCCGCCGUUCAGCGCUUUGUCCACCGACCUAUCUCAUUAAACCGUCAUGAAGUAUCUCCCGCUGCUCUCGCUUGCUGGCCUCGCGACUGCGCGUCAUCACGCCCAUCAUCGCCGUUCGCCUCAGCGAUCUGGCAUGUUGCCCAGCGGUCUCAACGGCAACAAACUCGCAGCUUUGCCCAGUUCUUGCAUGCGACCACCCGUCGUCGGCUCGACGAUCAUCGUACCCGAAAUGCAGCCCAUCGUGGUCAAGUCAGGCGAGGUCUUUGAUGGCAAGAAUCAAAUGUACCAGUAUGCCAACUCGGCCUGCAACAUCAACGUUGAGGUCAAGGGCCUCAAUGCUGCACCUUUCGUCAUCCAGCCCGGCGGUACACUCAUGAACGUCCACUUGGGUCUCAGUCAAGAGCAGAUCCACUGUAUGGGUAGCUGCAACAUCACAAACGUGCAUGCACAUCAGCUGUGUGACGAGACCGUCUCCCUGCAAGGCGAUGGCACGUCCUACAUCACCUCAUCAAGCUUCAGCCACGGCGCCAACAAAGGCAUUCAGGUCGAUGGCGAUCAGACCGUCUACGUCAACAACGUGUGCUUUGAUGAUCUCAACAUUGGCAUUGCAACCUGCGGCAACUGCCGCAAAGAGAACGCAGUGACAAAAGGACGACAUUUCGUCCUGAAGAAUAUCAUCGCCAACGAUGUUCAUCAGGUCUCGACUUGCAACGAGAACUAUCACGAUACGGUCACGAUCACUGGUCUGACCGGAAACUACCGUUCUUCAUGCGAUAGCUUCAUUGGUAACUCCGUCGGCGCGCAACCCAAGAAGAUCGGAAUCGAUAUGGCCUCAUCAUGCUGCCUCAUCAGCAAUCUCAAUUCGCAACACAGCCGCGGACCGAGCACGCCCUUUGCUGGACAUCUAGGAGGAGGACAGCAGCCUGUCACGCCAGACGACAGUCCCAGCACGAUUACACCCGUGACUAACACUCCGCCAACUCAAACAGCCAGCCCUGCGACCAAGAUCCCGCCGACGCAGUCAGGCAAGCAAUCCGGCACUACACCUCCAAAGCAGCCCUCAGCACCGGCCGGCAAGACGCCGCCGACCCGAUCAGGCAAACCUGGCGGUGGCUCACCACCGACACAACCCAUUGCGCCUACUGGUACCACGCCUACAACUCAGGCGGGCAAGCAGCAGCCUAGCCAAGGCGAUGGUGACAACUGCGACUAG